AUGGCGAUGCAGGCGCAACAUGGCCCUCCUGGGCCGCCCCCGCCCCCAGGUCCUCCCCAGCAAGGCCAGGGUUUCGCGCCAUCGCGCCAAGCGUCCUUUGUCAUAGAAGCCAUGUGGAUGCAGGUUGGCAGCUGCUGCGAAGCGCUCGGUGAUCUCGACGAGGCCAUCUUGGCGUACGAGGCCGCUCUGCGGGCGAAUCCCCAGUCCAUCCAGGCUAUGAACGCCAUCAGCUUGAUUCUGCGAACCCGCGAGCACUUCGCGAAGGCCGUCGAAUAUCUACAGGCCGUUCUCAAAAUUGAUGCGCACAAUGGCGAAGCCUGGGGCAGCCUUGGUCAUUGCUACCUUAUGAUGGACGACUUGCAACAGGCAUACAGCGCGUACCAGAAUGCUCUCGUCAACCUACGCAACCCCAAGGAGCCCCGAUUGUGGUAUGGCAUCGGCAUUCUGUACGACCGAUAUGGUUCCCUCGAGCACGCCGAAGAAGCCUUCUCCCAAGUCAUGCAGAUGGAUCCGGCGUUCGAAAAGGCCAACGAGAUUUACUUCCGUCUCGGUAUAAUUUACAAACAGCAACAGAAAUAUGGCCCAAGUCUCGAGUGCUUCAAAUACAUUGUGUCAUCACCGCCUUCCCCCCUGAGCGAGGAAGACAUCUUGUUCCAGAUCGGCCAUGUUCACGAACAGCAGAAGGACUAUGAUAGUGCCAAAGCAGCCUACCAGCGCGUCCUCGAGCGCGAUCCCAGCCACGCCAAGGUACUGCAACAGCUCGGCUGGCUUCAUCACCAGGAGAGCACCAACUACCAAAGUCAAGAUCGGGCUAUCGAGUUCCUCGAGAAAUCAGUCGCUGCCGACCAGAACGACGCACAGAGCUGGUAUCUUCUCGGACGAUGCUACAUGUCGCAGCAGAAAUACCCCAAGGCUUACGAGGCUUACCAGCAGGCCGUCUACCGCGACGGUCGGAACCCAACCUUUUGGUGCUCGAUCGGUGUGCUAUAUUAUCAGAUCAAUCAGUACAGGGAUGCUCUCGAUGCUUACUCGCGCGCUAUCCGCCUCAACCCGUUCAUCUCGGAGGUUUGGUAUGACUUGGGUACUUUGUACGAGUCCUGCAACAACCAGAUCAGCGACGCCUUGGACGCUUAUCAGCGUGCUGCGGAGCUUGAUCCCGCCAACCCUCACAUCAAGGCGCGACUGCAGCUCUUGCGCAAUGGUACCGCCAAUGGAGCACCGCUGCCCCGCGCACCUGAGCCAUCUGAUAUCCACGCCGCCUCUUACCAGGUCGGCCCACCGGCGCCCCCGUGGGCAGGUUCCGGGCCUCAACAGCAACAGCAGCAGCAGCAGCAGCUCCCGCCGCAGCCUCCUCCACCGGCGGCCGGCCCCGGCCAACACUCUUGGGGUCGUCUCGCGGAUAUCAACCCUCCUCCCCAACCGGGCAACCCGUUUGACCAACGAGGAGAGCAGUUCCGCGGCCCUGCGCCCCCUCUUCGCCAGCCAAGCCCCCCUCGUCAGGAGCAGCACGCGCGCCCUCAAUAUCCUGAGACCAGCCGUCCUGGCUCGGUCCGCCGGGGGCCUACUCCCCCCCCUCCGGUCCACUAUUCGUCUGGCCCUCCUCCCCCUCCUCAGUCUCACCAGGCUCCUACCUCGCAGCCGCGGGUGCCUAACCCCAACUAUGUCCCUACGCCUUCCUCAGCACAAAUGCCAUCAAUGAAUCCUGGCCCGAACGGGGGACCGCCACCCAGUCAACCCCCCUUCCGCGGUGCCAACAGCCCAAGGCCUGGAGAGCGUCCCGUUCACGAGAACCGCAUGCCUUCGCCCAAGUCGGCUUACCCCCAGCACCAGCCUCCUCCCCCAGCUCCUUAUGGACACCACCCAGAGGGACCCGGCACGCCCCUGGAGGGCCCGCAGCAGCAAGCACCGGCUCCCAUGUCAGCCGAACCGGCGCCACGGAGCGAACAUGAUCGACCAGCGUCAGUUGGACCUAAACGCAUGCGCGAGUGGGAGGAAGAGUCGACGCACAAGCGUCCCGCCAACGAUGAGAACAGAGCCCGUCUUGAUGACGUCCGUCCUCGCAGGCCUUCGACCCCUCCCGGCCCACGCGAGCCAUAUAGGCGAAACUCAUCUGAAGCUCGCCGAUUCGAUGACCAACGUCGCCUCGAUGACCAGCGUCGGGCGGACGACCAGCGUCGGGCGGACGACCAGCGGAGGCAAGACGACCAACGGAGGCAAGACGAUCAACGGAGGCAAGACGAUCAACGGAGGCAAGACGACAUGCGCAGAGCCGAGGAGCAACAGCGCCAGCCUCAGAACGAUGGAUAUCACCCCUCUGAUGCCGCUCACCACCCGCCUGGCCAGCCCUUGUCCGCUAAUCAUUUGCCUCCCAUGCAGGCGUCAGCCGCACCUAUGCAAGGCGUCGUUCACGGAAGCCCCGUCCAGAACGCGCCGCCUGCUCCUCCGUCAAAGGAGUACCCUGCCGCUGAGGAACGUCCUGCAUCUGAGCAGGCUCCUCCUGUGCGCUCUGCUGCUCCGAGCGAGCCUGAGCGAGCUGCUCGCAAGAUGGACGUUGAUGAAGAUUACGAUGAUAGUGGUGAGGACGAGAAGAAGGUCCCAGCAGCGACCACGAAUGGAUCAGGCCCCGCGCCGGCUGCGGGCGAGACCAAGCCGCCCACAAGCGGCAGCGUCAACGGGUCGUUGGGGCCUCAGCCUAAGGUUGAGUCCACCUAA